CGAAAAUCCUAUGAUUGUCGAAAUGAAAAUCGCAACAGAAAACAAAGUUUGGUGGAGUGAAAUUGUCAACUGAAAACAUUGUGUUAAUUAACUUUUAGAGGAGUUGCAAGUUUUUGAAAUGAAAAUUACAGGGGAAAUCCAGUCGACAAAAUCGAGUGGGAAAUCAGAGCAGAAAUCAUUAAAACUGACGGAAUGAAAGAUUCAGCAGAAAACAGUUGGAAUUAGACAAGCUAAAGAAUCGAAACAAAUGAGCAUCAACGUCUGAACUGUGAAGAUGUCUCGUUGCGAGUAUUCUGAAGGUCUUACAUUUCCCCUUUUUCCUUUUUCUUUUUAUUCCUUGAGAGGUCAUUUCCUUUCAUUAGUUUCUUUUUGGUGAGGUCUCCAUUUGGUUAUUAUAUAAAUCAUAACUUACCAGUUUUAUCUUUUUUUAAUGAAGUUUGAUAUAAAUCAGGUAUUGAUGAGGGACAACACAUAAGUUGAAUACUCGCUUUUGGAACUUAUGCCUAAAUAGGCAUAAAUUAUAUCCGUCCUCGUUCAAUUAUUUCCUUCCCUCGCUCCCUCCUCGCCAUUGACCUCCUACACAGAAGCCUGUUUCCCCGCAGCACUUAACCUGUAAAGGUUUCGCAUGGCCCACUGCGACUCACCAUCAUGGACAACGACUUUGAGCUCGAAGUCGUUGACUUAGAGGAUAACCCGAAGAGGUCUCGCGUUCGGAGACGAAGUAACGGCCACGCGGGCAACGCGGCCGAGGCGAAGAAGCCUGACGGCGGCGGCGGCGUCAAGGUCGAGCACGGCGAGAACGAGAGGUGGGAUGGCGCCAAGUGGGACCACUUCGAGCUCAGGGAGAGGGCUGUGGAAGGAUGGGCUGCUCACGUUGUGGGCAUCGCUGCUGCCCAAUCCACCCCGAACCCCAAAGCCUCCAAGGGCAGUGUGCUGACCUCCAAGCCCACCCUUGUGCAAGGUUUCAACGACUUUGUCAAAGAAGCGCCGCCCUCCAAGAAGGCCCCAGGGGCGCGUCCUAGUUCGAUCUAUCAGAACCUGAUCAAUCUCUUCAACUUCUCGAAGGAGUUGGAAACUGAGCGGCGAAUCAUUGCCAACGACCCAGAGCAUAACGCACAAUACAACUAUGCCAAAAAUUACAUCAAAACUUCGAAGUACACCUUUUUCAACUUCGUGCCGUACAACUUAUUCGAGCAGUUUCAGCGCCUCGCAAACUUCUACUUCUUGUGUCUGUUGGUGCUGCAGUUGAUCCCCGUCAUCUCGUCCCUCACCCCCGUCACCACCGCCGUCCCCCUCAUCGGGGUGCUGAUGGUCACGGCCAUCAAGGACGCCUACGAUGAUUACCAACGCCAUCGCAGUGACAACCAAGUCAAUAGACGAAAAUCUCUCGUUUUAAGAAAUGGUCAACUUAAAGAAGAAAUAUGGAGUAAAGUGGAGGCGGGAGAUGUUAUUCGCAUGGAGAAUAACCAGUUUGUAGCAGCAGAUAUCCUUUUAUUAUCUACGUCAGAGCCCAAUGGUCUGUGCUACAUAGAAACUUCAGAGCUUGAUGGGGAGACCAAUUUAAAAUGCAAACAGUGCCUACCUGAAACAGAAAGUUUAGGUCAAGACGAUGCACGCAUUGGGGCAUUUAGAGGAGAAAUUCGGUGCGAACCACCAAAUAACCAGCUUAAUAAAUUUGAAGGUGUACUUAACUGGGAAGGCAAACAGCAUUCUCUUGAUAAUGACAAAAUUUUGCUGCGAGGUUGUAUCUUGCGGAAUACUGAUUGGUGCUAUGGAGUGGUGAUUUUUGCUGGGAAGGACACAAAACUCAUGAUGAACUCUGGGAAAACAAAGUUCAAACGCACAAGUAUUGAUAGAUUGUUAAAUUUUAUUAUCCUAGGGAUUGUGUUUUUUCUGCUUUCCAUGUGCCUAUUCUGUACUGUAGCAUGUGGAAUAUGGGAGUCUCUCACAGGUCAAUAUUUUAGAGUAUUUUUGCCGUGGGAUUCUCUAAUACCACCAGAUCCUCCUGGCGGGCCAGCUGUGAUCGCUCUUCUUGUUUUCUUUUCAUAUGCCAUUGUUUUAAACACCGUUGUGCCUAUUUCACUAUAUGUUAGUGUUGAAGUUAUUCGAUUGUGCCAGAGUUUUCUAAUCAACUGGGAUGAUGCAAUGUACCAUCCUCCAACAAGGAAUCAUGCCAAGGCUCGCACUACAACACUAAAUGAAGAACUUGGCCAGAUAGAAUAUAUAUUUUCUGACAAGACAGGAACACUUACUCAGAAUAUAAUGUCCUUUAACAAGUGCAGUAUUGCAGGUCGUAGUUAUGGAGAUAUAAUUGAUCCCAGGACAGGGGAAUUCCUUGAAAUCAGUGAGUACAUGCGUCCUGUAGAUUUGUCUCGUAAUCCAUAUCACGAGUCAAAUUUUAAAUUCUAUGACCAGUCUUUAGUGGAUGCACUAGAUGGGGGAGAUCCAGAGUGUGAGGCUUUCUUUAGGUUACUAUCUCUCUGUCAUACUGUAAUGCCUGAGGAAUCCAGAGGAAAAUUGGAAUAUCAAGCCCAGUCUCCAGAUGAAGGUGCCUUAGUAUCUGCAGCUAGAAACUUUGGCUUUGUUUUCAAGUCACGCACACCAAAUAGUAUUACUAUUUUUUAUUUACAGUGAUGAAGGAGUUGGACAAGAUAACUUGAGUGAUGCUGGUGAAUCCAAUGGUGGGUUUGCUCUCGUUAUAAAUGGACAUUCCUUAGUGUGGGCUUUAAAUCCCAAGCUGGAACUCCUUUUCUUGGAAGUUGCUAGCCAGUGUCGUUCUGUUAUAUGUUGCCGAGUAACUCCAUUACAAAAGGCUAUGGUUGUGGACCUGGUUAAACGUUACAAAAAGGCAGUGACAUUAGCUGUUGGUGAUGGUGCUAAUGAUGUUUCAAUGAUCAAAACGGCGCAUAUAGGUGUAGGGAUCUCUGGUCAAGAAGGUUUGCAGGCUGUGUUAGCGUCGGAUUACUCUGUUGCACAAUUCAGAUUCUUGGAAAGGCUAUUACUAGUGCACGGGCGUUGGUCAUAUUAUCGGAUGUGUAAAUUUUUGAGAUACUUCUUCUACAAAAAUUUUGCCUUCACUUUGUGCCACUUUUGGUUUGCCUUUUUUGUGGCCUUUUCAGCCCAGACACUGUUUGAUCCCAUGUUUAUAUCAGUAUAUAACCUGUUCUACACAUCGAUGCCAGUGUUGGCUCUGGGCAUAUUUGAACAAGAUGUCAAUGCUAAGAAUAGUAUCAAGUUCCCAAGGCUAUAUACUCCUGGACUUCAGAAUGCCCUCUUUAAUAAAAGAGAAUUCUUCAGGUCUGCCUUACAUGGAUUUCUCACUUCUUGCAUACUUUUCUUCAUACCCUUUGGAGCAUAUUACAAUGGGAUGGACCAAGAAGGACGCAGCAUGGCUGACCAGCAAACAUUUGGGAGCGUUGUCGCGACUAUACUUGUCAUUGUUGUUACUAUGCAGAUGUGCUUAGAUACGUCAUACUGGACCUUGUUUAACCAUAUCACCAUAUGGGGAUCACUUAUAUUUUAUUUACUCUUGCAAUACUUCUAUAACUUUGUGAUUGGAGGUGAAUAUGUUGGAGCACUUUCUAAGGCCAUGGGAGAACCACUAUUUUAUUUCACCACACUGUUAACUAUUGUGGUGCUAAUGUUACCUGUCAUGGCUUGGCGGUUCUACUGGGUAGAUGUACGACCAAACCUUUCAGAUAAAGUAAGGUUUAAACAGAGGCAUGAUGCUAAAAUGGCAAGUAAACGGUCUGAACACGAUAUGCUUCGUACUCCAUCAGCCAGAAGAUCAAGGAGAUCUGUUAGAUCUGGUUAUGCCUUUGCUCACCAAGAAGGUUUUGGACGACUAAUUACAAGUGGAAAGAUUAUGCGGCCUAGGAAUAUGAAACAAGGCCCAAUGUCUAAUGGGAGAGCCACAAACUUGCGUCCAGAUAAUAAAAUAUCUCUUGUGGCUCCUGCUCCAUCUACUGUAGAAGUGUGAACUACUUUUGUACUUACAUAUUGCCUAUCUGAAUUUUCACAGUAAAAAUUUAAAAAUUCUCUGCCAUUUCAGAGUAGCAGAAAUUUGUUUUAAUUCAAUUAGCAGUGCCAAUUAAAUAAUUAAUAAAUGACCACUGCAACUCUACCUAACACAUAAGGAGGCAUUCCUAAUAGUAUCAUAUUGGAUAGAUUUAUGUGCAUAAUAAGGCAGAAUCCAUUACGUAUAACUAUUAGUGAACAGUCUUUACUACACCUGUGACAAAUUGAUUAUAUUUUCUACCCUUUAUUACAUGCUCCCUAAACAUUGGUUACAUUAUAAUAUAUUAAUAAGGUAUCAAUUGUUAUCUAAAUACAAUAGUCUUAUUUUCUUACUCUUUGACUUAGGAACAAAUUCUGAAACAAACCAUUGUUAAAAAAUGUACGGCUUGUGAUGUAUUGAAACAAACGUGAAAGCAUAGAAGAGAAGGCAUAGCCUAAUCAUAAACUUAAAACAAUUAUGUGAAUAAGAAGGGGGAGAGUUAGAAAGCAUUACUAUUAUUGCAAUUCAUGGUGUGACUGAGGUGCCUUGCCUCUUGAAGUGUACUUACUCUAACUUUUAAUAUGAUUUUUAUUUUUGUUUGUGAAUAAAACAUUGGGUUGAUUUCGUUUUAAAAUAGUUUCUCUCUUUAUUCAGUGUAGUAGCAAGAUUGUUUUGAUUUCCUUCUACGGUAAAAAAUAGGCUAACAACAUUUGUUAAUUUUAUGAAAUAAAUUUUGUAUAGAGGGUCAUUAUUAACUUCUGCCUAAAUUAGGUUAUGAAUUAUGCCAACUUAAAGCAAAAAUGGGACCAGAAUUGAAGGCCUUGGAUCAUAUCAAGUAAAUAAAGCAUUUUUGAAUAAUGUGCCAAUACUUUAAUAGUUGUCUUGAAUGAAGGCAAAUUAAGGUGUAAUCCCAUUGCAAGAAAUAUGCUACAGUAUUUUUUUCUUAGAUACUCACUGAGGAAUGUUUUGCAAGAGAGCUUUGUGGAAUAACAUACACAAUCCUAAUUUAGGUGGAAGUAAAGAAACUAUUGUAAAAUCCACACCUUUUUUUAUAUAUAUUGCCAGUGUAGACAUGGUAAUUUACACAAUUAUAAAGUUGUGUAGAAUCUGUCUAUGGAUGAAAUGAGUGAAUAGCAUUUGUUACAUUAGCUAUUUGAUAUUAUGAUCUAAACACAUUUACAUAGUGAACUAACAUUGUACUGCUAUAUACAAAUUUUGAGAGAAAAUUAUACUGUAGUUUGUGAAAGUAUAGACUACUGUGAAAUCCCAAAUAUUUUGAAGUGGAAUGGUAUCCUUUCCAUGAAUCAAAUUGUGAUCACCAAAUUUUGUAACAUAUCGAUAGAAAAUAAAUAGUAUCUAAUAUACUGGUUAGUUUUGUGAUUUGAAUUUACAGUUAUCUCCCUGCCCCUAAAGUUUGGACCCCAUAAAUCAAAUUUUUAAGACUGCAUUUAUAUUUCUCAUUAUAAACCUUAGGCUAGAGGUACAAAUACAAAUAAAGGAUUGGAAAAUGAAAUAGCUUUGUAUUAAGGAGAAAAUUUUGUGAUCGGAGUUAGGCUGAUAUUUUUGUAGUUGGUAAUGCAGUCUUUGGGCACAUUGCAAUAGUAUAUUUUUGAAGUAUGAAAGUGAUUUUGGUUGAUGAUGAUAGUAAAUAAUUCUUAUGUGAUAUUGUAAUAUGUAUAUCUGCUGUAAAUUUGUUCAUUGUAUUAUGUAUGGUAAUUUUUUAAGUGAUUUUUUAAUAAAGAUUUCUUUGUUUA